AUGCCUACAAGUUUAUUACCCGCCUCCGCCGCGGCCUUUGCGCCCAGGUCCUCGCCGAAUGUUGUCAUGCAGUCAAGGCCAGAGCCGUGGUUAACAGCGACUCUGAAGAGAGUCAACAAGGUCAAGAGGCCCCUGAACAAUGUAGGCCAGCAUACACGGUGCCUGACGGAGACCCUGUCCUCCACAAACGCCCUCUGGGUCCUCUGCUCCAUCAUGUUGCCCAAGGCGCCGGAGUCUGAGUUGCCUAAGGACGACAAUCCAUUGGUGGAAGCCCUGUAUAACUACCAGAUCCUCCAUGUGGAAGCCUACGUGGUCCAUGUUGAUAUGGUCUCCCAGAAUGAGGUCGCAUUCAAGCUGACACCAGAAACGAUCGAAGCGUUGGUAGACUACCACAAGGAUGUCUAUUCGGUGGACACUGCGGCGUGCACUUGGGACUGGGCAGAGAAAGAGAUUCAACUGAAAAAACUACAAGAUGAAUUCGUUCAGGCUGCAAACCGGUUCGUCUUCCGCACCGGCGUUCAUGUCCUAGAAGGGAUGGAAGACGAGGGAGCAGGCGAGCUCCUUGGUGGCCGAAGCGACGACGCGAAAGCCGCGAUCAUGGGCCUGUUCGUUCCAUUGCUGCCUCCUCCGCCACGGAUUGUCGAUGUGAUACAAUCGACCGCCCUUCUCCCUAGCUCCACCUGCCCUGAAGACUGGUGGAACAGCCCGGCCCAACACCACCAACUCCCUCCUGGGCCUGUCGAGUCCUGGCAGGUAGUCCCUUCGAGCCCCAGCGCUACCUCUACUUGUGACUCACAUCUAAACCUGUGGGCUAGCAUCUCGAUGGGUGAAAUGCACUUACCGUCGCCGUCGCUCUCCCUGAGCCCUCCCCUGUCCACCGACUCAUACUCCAGCGCCGACUUCUAUGAACUCCCAAUAACAACCGCUGCGAUAACACCAACGCUCCUACCAAGCAUGUUCGCGCAAUGCGGUACCACGGCCUGUAUGACGGGUUUCGGAUGGAACGAUCGCGUCGUGGAUUUCGCAUCUCCCUACGGCUUGACGAUGUAA